AUGCCUUCAGAUCUAUCAGAAUAUCUGGCCUCGAAAUAUCUAGUCGCCGACCCGAAACCAGCUAAGAAACGAAAGCGCAAGCGUGGCGCAGAAGCCAAUAACGGUCUUCUUAUCACAGACGAUGACGAUUCAGGCUGGGGCAAUGCCAAUGCGCAGCAAGACGACGAGGGGAUAGAUGCCCCAGUGACAGUAUUAGGGCGAUCCGCAGAGUUUCGGAAAACCAAAAAAAGCAAUUGGAAAUCGCUGGCCGGCGACGAAACGGCAAAUGAUGAUUCUGCAGCAGCCGCAGACGCGAUCUUAGCAUCAGCAGCAGCGGAGCAGAAUGCAGGUCGCGACGAGGAUGAGGACAUGCCGAUGAUCGAGGACGACGGCUCGGCUGUCAAGAUGAGCGAUGGAACACAUGCAGGAUUGCAAAGUGCAGCCACUGUAUCGGCACAACUAAAGCGACGACAAAAGGAGGAACGCGAAGAAUUCGAACGGCAUCGCAAGUCGGCUAAGGAGGAAGAAACGGUAUAUCGAGACGCCACCGGCCGGAGAAUCGACAUAUCUAUGAAGCGCGCAGAAGCUCGACGCGCCGCUGCCGAUGCCGAGGAAAAGGAACGACUUGCGAAGGAAGCUCUCAAGGGCGAUGUGCAACUCGAGGAGGCGCGCAAACGACGUGAGAAGCUACAAGAUGCCAAGCUCAUGUCAUUUGCUCGCACCGCCGACGACGAAGAAAUGAAUCAGGAAAUGAAGGAACAGGACCGCUGGAACGAUCCCAUGACGCAGUUCAUGAGCGAGAAAAAGGAAUCUGGAAAGGGGCAAGGUAAAAAGUCGAAGCGAAAACCAGUAUACGCAGGUGCAGCACCACCCAACAGGUACGGUAUCAAGCCAGGCUACCGAUGGGAUGGCGUUGAUCGCGGUAAUGGCUUUGAAGCAGAAAGGUUCAAGGCCAUCAAUAGGAGGGAGCGAAAUAAGGGACUGGAUUAUUCAUGGCAGAUGGAUGAAUAG